AUGCGGGGCCAGCGCCACGCCCCGGCGCUGCCGUCAAAAGGAGCCCGCGGUGCCCGAGCGUGCCAGGGACCGGCACGGGCACAGUGCUCCAGCUCCCCUGUCAAUGAAUCUGCCGUGUGUGCCUCAGUGCAGAGCCUCCCGGACAGGUUUAUUUGUCACCUGAGCCCCGGGGCAGUGGCCAACCUGAGCAGGGAGGAGGCUUUGGGAGUGGCCCAGAGGCUCGGGAGGAGCUGCCCCUGGAGCAGGGCGAUGCCCCGAGCCUCCCUGGCACCUCGGGAGCUGCAGGUGGCAGCCUCCCUGCUGAGGAAUUUGGAUGAUUUGUCCCCAGCCGAGCUGGGAGCCCUGGGCCAGGCUGCCCUGGGGCUCUCGGUGUCCAGGAUCCAGGAGAGCAUCCCUGAGGAGCAGCUGGAGGCAGCUCUGCCUGCCCUGGGGACAGUCCAGGGCUGGAGGGCUGAGCAGGCCAGGGCUGUGGUCAGCAAACUGCUCCUCUCUGGCUACCAGAUCCUGGAUGGACAGAGCCUGGCAGAGCUGGGCACUUUGGUGGCCGGCCUCAACAGCAGCACGCUCAGGAGUUUGUCCCCAGAGGUUGUCCUGGAGGCCAUCCAGCUGCCAGGCUUCGCCCAGCACGUGGACGCCCUGCCCUCCGCUCUGAAGAGGACCCUGGUGGAAAAGGUUUCCUCCAGGGUUGGCCACCCCUCUGAGCUGGUUAGACUCAUUCCCAGUGCUCUGGCCAGCUCCAUCCCAAAAUCCCUGCUGGUUUUUGGGGAAGAGAAGCCAAACGUGCAGGAUCUCAACAACAAGCCAUGGACCAGAGAGCAGGCUGCCAUGUUUUUCAGUGAUGUGGUGAAGGCAGAGCCUGACUUCAGCAGGCUCUCCCAGUCUGUGCUCCAGGGCUUCACCUGUGCAGCUGCCAGCGCUGUGGGGGCAGAGAGGUUCCAGGAGCUGGCCAGGGUCAUGAGGAAGAAGAAGGUCAGGCUGGGCCAGGACCAGCUGAGCUGCUUGCUGAAGAUGCUGACUCUGCAUGGGAUUCCCAAGGAUUUGGACAGUUAUCCCCAAGACCUGCUGCUGUUUUUAAGCCCCUCGGACUAUGCAGGGAACUGCAGCCAGUUCUUCAUCCACGUUGGGAAGGCAAACGGGGAUGUUCUGCCCAGAGAGGCCCCGCAGAGGCAGCAGCUGCUCCUGGAGGCUCUGGAGUGCCUGGGCAUUCCUGGCACACAAAUAAAUAAAGGAAACGCUGAGAUCCUGGGCUGGCUGGUGUGUGACCUGGGGGGGGAGUACAUCAGGAGUUCUGGGGGCACUUUGCUGAGGGGUUUGAGCCAGUGUGGGUCUUUCCUGCCUGAGCAAGAAGAGGCCAUCAGGGACGUCCUCAGCAGUGGCAACACCACCUUUGGGCCUCCUGCAGCGUGGUCAGCCUUCACCCUGAGCGAGCUGGGCGGGCUGCUCCCCGUGCUGGACCCCAGCAUCCUGCAGCAGGUCCCCAAGAAAGCUUUGACCACCUGGCUGAGGAACUUUGCCUGGGAUUCCUCCCUCUCCAGGGAGGAGCUGGGCACCAUCGUCGGGGAGCUCCUGCCCCGGCGGCACAAGCGAGCGGAAGGAUGCCCACCUGGGCGUGAGAUAACAGAGGAAGUUCUGAGUAAUGACCUGAUGCCUGACUUCUACACCUCACCGGAGAUCCUGCGUGCCUGCCUCCAGAACAUCUCCCAGGAAAAUCGCCUCUUCCUGGAAAAUCACCUCUCCCAGGUCCUCACCUACCCCUUCAGCAUCCCCCAGUUGGCUGUGCUGAAGGAAUACCUGCACGAGAGCUAUCCCCGUGGUUAUCCCCAGCACGUUCUCGCUGAGAUGGGCCCUUUCCUGCCCCUGCUCAGCCCGGAGGAGAUCUCCACCUGGCAGCUGAGCUCCGCUGACACGCUGGCAGCGUUCCUGACAACGGAGCCGCAGCCCUCGGGCUCCCUGGCGUCGGCAGCAAUCAAACGCUACGUGGAGCUGGGCAAUGCCCUGAAUGCCACGGCCCUGGAUGCCAUUGGCACCAAGUACGUGUGCCUGCUCAAUGCCACCGAGCUGAAGGCCAUCGACCCCUCCAGCCUCAAACUGGCAUCUCUGGAUCCUUCAGCCUGUUCUCAGGAGACGAAGAACCUCUUGUACCAGAAAGCCAAAGAAGCUUUCUCUGACCAGCACCAUUCACCUGCUUACUAUGAGCUGAUUUUACCUUACCUGGACCAAGAAAUCAGAAUUAACCUCAAAACCCUUUUCCAUCUGCUGACCCCCGGCGAUGUGCGGGGGCUGCUGGGGGUGCAGCUGCCCGAGCUGGCGCGGUGGCAGGGCCGGAGCCCCGUGCGCGACUGGCUGGCGCUGCAGAAGCGGUCGGAGCUGGAGCGGCUGCACGCGGGGCUCACGGGGGGCGUGCAGGAGGGCUACAUCAACCUCGCCACCCCCAAAUUCCCAGCAAUGUCCUCAGCCCCUCUGGGCACCGUGGCCAUGGUGUUCCACCUCCUGCCCGCCCUGCUCCUCAGCUUCUUCAUGGUGUCCCUCCUCUCCUGACCAUCUCCUCCCACCAGGAACCAAGAGGGACCAGCCUGUGACCUGCUCUGAGACCUGGCCUCAGGAGUGCCCAGAGCUCCAGGCAGCUGGGAUCAGCCCAGAACUCACUUUUAGGUACUUUUGGCUUUCAAAUCACUUGGAAAAAGUCCCAGUUUUGUCUGAAGGGAAGAUUCAGACUCUUUGGUGCAGGAUCUUUGCCUUUGGGACAGCCCAAGCCCAGCUCAGC